AUGAGAACUUUGGAGGAGGUUCAAGCCACGCUUGAGAUCGCCAAGCUGAAAGAGGAAGAUCUGCAGAAAACGAUUCAAUGUUUGUCAUUUGGAGAGAACGUCUCAUCUGCGGACUACUGCCUGAUGGAACUGGAUGACACAUUGUGUAGACACAUAGAAGCGGGGAAUAGCUUGGUGAUCAGAGGGGACAAAGAUGAGCACGCAGUACUGUGUAGCGGCGACAAAACGUACGAUUUGAAGAUAGCAGACACGUCCAACCUGCUGCUGUUUCUGCCAGGAUGCAAAACACCCUUACAACUCACCAGCAGCCAGGAGAACACACAUCUCGUUCACGCUCAGAUCUGGGGCUUCUGUAAUAGCUAUUGGGAAGUCAAGAGACAGCGUCCUAAAGUGAAGAAGUUAAUGAGAGCUUUAAGGGAGAACCCAUACACAGGUCCUGCCUUAGGAGGGCAGCAGGAGACCACAGAAAACACGUACACUAUGGAUGAUCUGCUGGAGACGAUUCAAGCCAGUGAAGAGGAACUUAAGAACCACUUGAAGGCAAUCCAUGCCUGUCAGAUAAAUGGCCGCUGGCGUGUGCUUGACUUUGACUAUGAGAUGAAGUUGCUCGGUCAUGUGACUCAACUGGUGGACUCUGAGUCAUGGUCUUUCAAUAAGGUUCCACUUGAAGCCAGUUUGGAAGAGUUAAGCUCACUAGAGCCCAGAGAGAUGAUUGAACACUGUUUAAACUGCUAUGGGACACGGUACAAUGAAAAUGACAAGGUGUUUUAUGCGCUGGAUGAGACUAAAGUUUGUCGAGCUACUGCGCUCAUGUUGCUGAAGAAUGCCAUCAAGUUCAACCUGAUGGAAUUUCAGGAGGUGUGGCAACAGAGUGUACCAGAUGGCAUGAGCACCACUCUAGACCAGCUCAAGAGUGUCGCCCUUGUUGACUGCACCUCCCGCCCCGAGACCAUCUGCCUUCUUCAGGUUGAAGAUCUCCCAGAGAACACGUUGGAGCGCUUCAACCAUCUUUUUACAUUGCGAGAGAAAUGGACGGAGGAGGAUAUUACACCUUAUAUAGCGGAUCUCUGCGGGGAGAAACAGACCACAGGAGCACUACUGACCAAAUAUGCUCGAUCUUCAAUGCACAAUGGUGUCAAGAUGUUCAACUCUAGACGGCCCAUCGCGACUUAA